GCACCCUCCCACCCCUUGGUUAAAGAAAAAAUGCUGACUCCUCUCUCAGUUAUUUUUCUUUAGCUGUAUUCGUUAUCUCUCUGGGAAAGCCUGCCCCUCUAACUACUGCAGUCUAAGGGAAUUUCUGCAACUCCAAAAGGUUGUCCACAGGUGGUUUCUCUGUGUGAUCUAAACUCCUCUUAUCUCUAAAAUAAUCCACGACUGGAACAGUCUGAUCCCAAGACUGGAAAGCUAUUCUCUCAACAGAAUUAGCCAAGAUGUUUCUUAAAACUCUGCUCUUCGUCUUCUUGCUAGGGACUGUACCCUUCAGGGCAUUUGCUGAAGAAGCAAGCUCAGUUCUAGAGGAUGAAGAAAGUACAACAACGGAUUUCAAAGACAGGAAUGACACAUGGUAUGAUGAAGUGCCAACUCUGUUGCCCACAAGCCUCCACAAUAUAACAGACUUUCUCCAAUUAGAAGACCUAAUGACCACAGAAAGUGCAAUCGCCACGAAUGAAGACAGUGAAAACUCUACUGAUCCUGACGUUACUCUUGAACAUGCUGACGAUGAACUGGGUGAAGAGCCAGAGACAACAGAGGAAGAAGGUGGCCUGGGAACAGCUGCACUAGUUGGAAUCAUAAUUGGCAUCAUAGUAGCAGUUGGAAUCAUUGCUGGAAUCAUUAUUGCUGUUGUGAGGAAAAUGUCGGGCAGGUACUCGCCCUAAAAAUAAUUGAAGAAAUAGUGCCUCUUGCUAUGCCAGAAGAAAAAAUUGCUUCCUGUUUUACAAACUACUAGAAAACUGUUCCCAUAACCGUGUGAGAAGAUGAUCCAUGGAAAGUGUGAAUGAAGAAUUCCAGUUCUAUGGGGAUACCACACAGCUUUCUGGAGGAACAUUUUACAGGCACGACAAAAACUGAACAGUUUAUAGGACUCUGCUGAAGUAUUUUAGAGGAAUAAAAUAUAGAAAAAGAAUAUGCAGUAGGAGAAAAGAGAAGGGGAAAAAAAGGAAAAUCUAAAAUGUGGUUUUCAGGUAGUAAAAAUACUGUGCUAGCUAGAUGUUAAAACAAUGGCAGGAAAAAAAAUAUUUUACAUUGCAUUCUAUCCUUUUCUCUAAAAAUUUUUAUCCAGAUUUUUUUUUUUUGUUCUAAGCCCAAAAACUAGUCAGGGAGCCUGCUGUAUUCUUCAAUGUUACAGAGGUAUAAAAUUGCCAGUGUCUGGGUACGUUCAUCUACCAAAUCUGUACUGUUUAGCAGGAAAUGUCAUCCUGAUAAUCAGGAAUGCGAUUAAGAGGAGGAAAACACAUUUGUGGCCUGGGAACUUCAACCAUUCUGCUGAGACGAGACCUGUGAACCAUUAUACGGUCAGGCAUGGCAGACCCAGCGGGAACUGGACCUACCAAUGAAAAAUUGCUCCUUCCUCUGACUGAUCAGCAAAGAACGACCAGUUUUCUCUGUUGCAGAGAUGUGUAGAGACUGGAAUACACAUCCUAAAUUAAAGGGUGCUUGGAAUAUACCCACUUUUGAUGGGUCACUUAAACCUAUUACUCAGCAUGUUUUGGAUCCAGUAUGUAGAAGCUUCCACAAUUGGUAUAUGCUAUUAUAUAUAUAUAUAUUUAUAUAUAUAUAUAUAUAUAAUUUCUUUGUCUUCUCUUUUUAAUUGUAUAGCAAGCAGUGUUUGACUAUAUACGGUGCACUGGAAGAUCAGUGCAUAUAUGAAUGAGGUGACCUCUCUCUAGACACAAAGUAACUUGUGCCAUGGCAUCGCUUAUGCAACAGGACUGAAAUGUGACUGAGGUUUCAAACAAAAAGGCUUUAUUUGCUUAGUGGCUGCAAAAAUCAUGUUUUCUAUUUCGACCCUCAGAAGUUGGAAAAUUACUGGAAUCCUUCUCAGAGAGGACUAAGACGUACAAACUUUUCCAGAUUUUCUCUUCAAUUCCUUCUGUGCGCCAUGAUCUAUCAUAUCAAGCUGAGCUUUGGAAAUGAAAAUUAUGAUGUAUAUUAUGUCAGAGUUUAUAAUGCUUAGUCCCUAUUUUAUUUUAUGCUAUAUUAUGUAUAUUAAAAAAACACAUAUAUUUUGUUCCUCCUGA